AUAAGGCCCUCCGCGUCGGCUCCAUUUCGUGUGCCGAGAGGCGCGCAGGCACCGCAGCGGCAGCCCUUUCCCAUCCACCACACGCCAGUCCCUGCACCACACGUCAGCCACCUGCGGCUCUCCCUGCACCACCAGCACCCCUAGCCUGUCUUGCUGCUCCCUGCACCAACUAGCCGCUACCGCAGAGCGUCUCCGUGGAGCUCCCCUCUCGCUCCACGUUAAUCUAAACACGGGCAACUCCGCGAUGCGCGCCCCGUAGCUGGCAUCGCGCACGGAGUAGUCGCGCCAAGACCUGGCGGCGGCGACCGAGGGCGCGGACCUCGAGCGCGAGCUGCAGAAGGACGCGGCGGCGGCGAGGCCAUGGACUCGUCCGGGCACACUGAUGUAAGCGACGUCCGCGCGUCGGCGUCGGGCAGCAACGACGUCUUUGAUGAUGAUCUAGGCCUGCCGGCGAAGCCCGAUGCGCUGGGCAAGAAUUUCGCGCACCUGUCGCGAGACGAAGGGCGAGAUCUUAAUUUAGAGUCGUUUGUGGUACUCUCGAAGAUCGCCGAGGGCGCCUUCGGGAAAGUCGUGCUCGCGCGGAAGAAGCGCACCGAUUCAUUGCACGCCAUCAAGGCCGUCCGCAAGGACAAGAUCUUAGCUUGUGGCUCUACAGCAAUAAGACAUAUACUGGAUGAGAACAAGAUCCUGCAGCAACUGAAGCAUCCCUUCAUCCUCACGCUGCAGCACGCCUUCCAGGACGAGUUUCGGUUGUACCUCGUGACGAACUACGUCGGUGGUGGUACUUUAUACCAAUUAAUAACGGCGCGAGGGACGCUAGCCGAGGAAGUAGGAAGGUUCUACGCGGCCCAAUUAGUCGCGGCUUUUGCGUAUCUGCAUUCGUACGGCGUGGUCUACCGCGACCUCAAGCCGGAGAACGUUUUGUUAGGCUUGGACGGGUAUGUGGUACUAGCUGAUUUCGGCCUCGCGAAGACGUUGAGGCUCGAAGACGAAGGCAAGGCAAGAAAAAGGGCCCAGAAGCAGAUGGCCCAGUCGUUUCGCCAGACCUUUCGGCACUCGAUCGUGAAGACCGAGACGUUCUGCGGGACGCCGCUGUAUUUAGCGCCGGAGGUCGUGGCCAAGACGCCCUAUGGGCGAAGCGUCGACUGGUGGACCCUCGGUUGUCUCACGGUGGAGAUGCUCACGGGGCGGCCGCCGUUCGUCGCGCGGGAUAUGCCGGAGUUGAUGGAGAAGAUCUCGAAGGGCGCGGACCUGUCGCAUCUGCGGCUGUCGGAUUCAUCUCGUGAGUUUUGCCUGGGGUUGUUGCAGCGCGACGUCGAUAAGAGGUUGGGCUGCGGUGAGAACGGCCCGCAAGCGUUGCGAAGUCAUGCUUUUUUAGCUAGUAUAGACUGGCCGAAGCUCGAGUCGAAAAGAAGUGAGCCCCCGUUCAAGCCCGACGCGGCCGUCCAGGCCAUGGGGCCCGGGUCGUACGGCCGGCAGGCGUCGAAGGAGGACCUGAAGGCCUUCGACGAGUUCGCGGCUUAUUCUCGCGUCGAUCCUCGAGCUAAAGCUGAAUUAGUGGGCAAGCUCUGCGAGGCCGCUACUAGAGGUGAUUGCGCGGAGCUGCGCGAAUUAAUAGCGGAAGGGGCCGAGGUCACGACUGGAGGUUCCGUCCCGUGUGGAAAUCAAAUUUCGGGCGCCCCACGCCAUCGAUCCGAUGCUGUCUCCGCGACCGCGUCGGCUCGAUGAUAACCUAACUCACUGGUUGAUUUCCACACAGACUACGACAACCGCACUGCACUACACUUGGCAGCGGCCGAGGGGCAUUUAGAUGCCGUCGGAUUCCGUGUGGAAAUCAAAUUUACGGCGCCAUCGUCCUGAAUCGCCGCGUCGACCUCCACGCCAUCGACGCGACGCCUGCUCGAUGGCGUGGCGAUGUCGGUUCCUCACCGCUCGACGGAGCCAGCGCGGCCACGUCAUCGCCGAGAAAUGACUUAGUGAAGAAUUAUCGAGUGCACCCGACACCCGACACACUGGUUGAUUUCCACACAGGUCGAGUUUCUAGUGUGCCACGGCGCCGAGGUCAAUAAAAAUGACCGCUGGGGUGGCACGCCGAUUCGUGACGCCGAGGCUGGUGGCCAUCGAUCCGUCGUGGAGUAUCUCGAGAGGAACGGCGCGAUUCGGAGGCCGUCGCGCGUCGAGGACGAGAGUGUGCCGUCUCCCGACGAUCUCGUGGACAUGACCGGGAAGCUCUGCGACGCUGCCAGGAACGGCGACGUCGUCAAGCUGCGGGAGCUGCUCGACGCGGGCGCGGAAGUGUGUCGUGGUGGUGCCGCCCUGUGAAGAAAUCAAAUUUCGCGGCGCUUCUCGCCUACGGCUGAAUCAUAACCUCACGCCAUCGACGCGACGCCUGCUCGGCUGCGACGGGUCCCUCAAACCCGACUCACUGGUUGAUUUCCACACACAGACUACGACAACAGAACUGCCUUGCACCUUGGAGCCGCCGAAGGGCACCUCGCUGCGGUUAAGUAUCUCGUCGCCAGGGGUGCGGAUGUCAACGCCGUCGACCGGUGGCGCGGCACGCCUUUGAGGGACGCCGAGGCCGGCGAGCACACCGAGACGGUCGCGUUCUGUGUGGAAAUCGCCACGCUGUCGUGCUGACGUCGCGUCGAUGGCGUGGAGGCCAUGAUUCAGCAGUGGCGGAGACGCACCGCGACAAUUUGAUUUCCACACAGGUCGCGUUCCUGAAGCGCGUCGGCGCAGUGAACCGGCGGAGCGCGUCGUCCCUGAUUGACACGCCCGACUCGCUUAGCAACAGCGUCUCGCGGUCACGGUCGCGCUCGUCGCUGACCGCGUCACCGUCGCCCUCCUCCAGUUCGAUCCGGCGGAGCCUCUCCUUCUCGACGAUCCGAAGUCCCAAGGUCGCGCCCGCACCACAAACCGGCGGCCUGCACUUCAACCCGCCGGCGCGCGGCAGCCGCGACCGCGACCCGAUGAACGUGUCGAUGGACCGGUCGAACGGCUCCUGCGCCGUGUCCUAGCUGCUCUCUGAAAUUUGCUUUUCUCCGACGUCCGUGAUGCGUCGACCUGUACAUACCUAUCCACGCACGGCCCUUCCCCCGCCACCACCUUCACUAGCCUGCCGCGGCGACCUGUCCAUAUAUCCCCACCGCCGCUGCCCCACCGUGCACAAAAAAGACCUGUAGUGAACUGUAAACAUCGCCUUGACCUUAACUGACUACUUCCCCGGGCCGCGUACGUAGAAGGAAAGCUCACACUACUAAAGUUAGAAAACGCGGCGGCGACGCCGCGGCGAGGCGCCAUCGACGCGCGCGACGAAGACG